AUGGACACCUUACGCGAGGUGCAAUCGAAUGAGCUCGAAGCUUUGAGUGCCAUCUAUGGCGAUCUAUUCACCGUCGCAACCAAUUCAAAUCCCGCGUGGCAGGGUGCUGCAAAUCUACCUGAAUAUAUCAUACAGCUCCAGCCUUUAGAAGAGGACCUUAAAAAUCAUGUCGCCGUCGAGCUACACGCUAAGAUACCCAAAACUUACCCAAACGUUCCCCCACAGCUUUCAAUUCGCAACACCAAAGGUCUUUCAGUAGACCAGCGUAAUCAGCUAGCGCAGGAGUUGCUUGAUAAAUCCAAGCAUUCUCUUCUUGGCGAGCCUAUGCUCUAUGAUCUCGCUAUAUUCGUUCAGGAGUACAUUUCUACUAAUCACACUAUUAUCGGUAACUCCAGUUUGGCUACUAAAAUGCAAGAGCGUCUCAGCGCCGUUCAAGCUGAAAAAAUGCAGCGCGAGGAGUCUUUCGAAGCAAAGAAACGCCAUAAAGAGUCUCUCGAGGCUGAUGAAUUGGCACAACGAAUCGAAUCUGAUAUUAAGCGCAAACAGGAACAAAUUCGUUCUGAGAAUGAGAAACAGAACACCCAAAUAUCUCGCCAAAGGCAGUACAGAAGACACGAUAUCUGGACAGAGAACUUUGAUGGCGAUUUCACUGUUCAUGUCGGAAAUCUCAUCUCUUCUGACGGUCUUAGCUCGACAUAUCUUUGCUCUGUCGCAAAGACCGACGACCUCCUUGAACUUCAAGUGUACAUCAUCAAUUCGGAAUACUACGAUAAGAGCGCAGGUAAAAAGAAGUUACAGGAAACUGCACGCACCCUAGAAGUAAUGUCGAAAAUAGAUUGUGAGAAUGUUGAACGAAUUUAUGCUUCGAAAUUGCGCCCUCAUCCUCAAUCCAACGGAAGCGUUAUAUGGGAGUUGCUUAUUUUGCACUCAAGGAGCAGUGGUAUGAAUACACUAAAAGAUCUUUUACACGCGUGCGAUAAUCUCCGUAUAGAUCUAGCUACCAACUAUCUAGUCCAACUACUCACUGGUUUACAAGAGUUGCAUAAGUUGGACGUAGUGCACAUGGAUGUAAACCCUUCAAACAUUCUCAUCUCUCCAGGUCGCAUAUUGAAAAUUGUCAAGCCAUCAUACGCCAAAACUAUCUCCAAUCUCCACCGCUCGAAUCCAAUCAACGAACGUAAAAUAUCCGAGACAUUUAUAAACGAAGCCUGGCAAGCACCUGAAAGUCUUGAAGCUUCAUCAUUUACAAGAAAAAGAGAUGUUUGGGAUGCAGGAGUGUGUUUCAUCAGCAUGGUGUUUGGAUUAGAUGCGACAUCUUAUCCAUCACCAGGAGUAUUAUUGGAUAAGUCAGGUGAUAUACCACAGCAGACACUCAACAUACUUUCUUACAUGCUCGAAGCCAAACCUUCGCAGCGCGGAUCAGCAAUUCAAAUACUAGACAGGAUAAACAGCGCCUCAGAAAACUCCUGCAGUGUGGCAACAACCAGACCGACAUCAAUCACUGCUCGCAAAACAUCCACACCUAGACCACCUCUAACACCAUCCGCGUCUGUCGCCCCACCUCCCAUCGAUCCAUUUUGGCAGUCAACGAGUCAACAUUCCAACAGCAGCAGAUUCCGAAGUGACUUUGAAGAAGUCGAGCAUUUAGGAAAAGGUGGCUUCGGAGAAGUAGUAAAAGCGCGUAACAGACUAGAUGGCUUGUUUUAUGCCAUAAAAAAAGUCAGACUCAAGCCUAAUACGGAUAGUAAGCUUUUCAGAGAGGUUUUGUCAUUGAGUAGGCUGAAUAGUAGAUUUGUGGUUAGAUAUUUUGGAUGCUGGAUAGAGGAAGCAGCGCAAACAGCAGCACAGCCGUUCAGUAAUACGAGUGAAGCGACCAAUACAAAGAAGGGCACUGCUGACAGCUAUAGCUUCUCUAUGCACAAACUUCUCAAUCCCAAGUUUGAUGAUUCGCUCAGUGUUGCAAAGACGGCAAGCAGAGACGAUGGUAUAUUCUUCGAAGGGGGUGAUGAGGAGGAUAGCGAGAACGACGAUGAGGAUGAGAGCGAGAACGAGAAUGAAAGUGAAGUUAGUAGCGAUAGCAGUAGCUUGAGUAGCCGUAGCUCUCAAGACCAAAACAAGAAAAACUUGACAUCUCACUCGCGCAUUUUGUACAUACAGAUGCAGUACUGCGAGAAAUUGACUCUAUCAGAGUCGCUUGAAGAAGGGUUAAGCACAGAAGAACGCUGGAAAAUCUUCAGACAAGUACUAGACGGACUGGCUUAUAUCAAUACUCUUGGCAUCGUACAUCGCGACUUGAAACCGAGCAACAUUUUCAUCGACGCACAAGGUGAUGUCAAGAUUGGUGAUUUCGGUCUUGCUACACUUGGAGUGAACGAUUCUAACAAUAGCAUGAUAUUUGAUAGGGCGCUAGUCAAUGAGUCGAGUGAUACUACAUCAGCUGUUGGUACGAGUCUUUAUAUUGCGCCGGAAAUUGCAAAUAGCAGUGGAAGAUAUACUGAGAAAGUAGACAUCUUCUCAUUAGGCAUAAUCUUUUUUGAAAUGUGCAACAAGUUCAGGACGGGUAUGGAGAGAGUCCAAGUACUGCAUCAAAUGAGACAGCCAAAGCCGGUGUUUCCAUCAACAUUUCCAGAUACUUUAGUAGAUGAAAAGAGACUGAUAGAGUGGAUGCUCAAGCACGACCAAAGUGAACGGCCAUCGGCCGCUGAGGUGCUCCAUUCAAGUCUACUACCUGAGACAAUGGAAGAGGAGUACUUUGAAGAAGCUUUGCGAGUUCUCCAUCCCGACCAACCGCGAUACCAGAAACUAGUUUCAAGGCUAUUUAACAACUCACCCAACGCACUGCAAUACCACACCUACGAUACUGGCGGAGGAUCGCUUUCUCCUGAUGCAAUUAUACGCCUAGUGCAGGAGCAUCUAGACUGGGUAUUCAAGCUACACGGUGCAGUGCCUCUCGCUUCGCCUCUCCUAUCUCCCAAGCCGGAUGAAAGUGAAGGUAUCAAAGACAAAGAAGUAGUCAGCUUGCUCGACAGCACUGGUUGUGUUGUGCAUCUACCUUACAAUGGUCUGGUAGGAUUUACCAGAAUAAUAUUGAAGCAGAACAUUACACGCACCAAACGGUUCUGGAUGGGAGGCCGCUUUAAGCGUAAUGUAGCGGGUGGCCAACCAAUUCAAGAAUCGGAGGCCAAUUUUGAUAUAGUGUCUCCAACGACUACCAAGGCAAUGGAGGGAGAGAUAAUGUCAGUAAUUGACAAGGUAUUAGAGCAUCCAUCAGUAAUAUCUUCAAAUUGGGAGAUCAGGAUCAAUCACUCAGUCAUUGUCGAAAUCAUCCUCUCACUCUUCCCAACCAAGAAACGUGCGGCAGUACUGGGAAUAUUCGACCAGCUCGGAAAGGGAGUGGGCAUGCCACAUGUACGCAGCCAGCUUACGGCGCAGAUAGACAACACCAAGAGUGUUGCGCGGCUAGAAGAGCUCGAGCAUCUCCUGAUCAGAGGUAAAGACCAUAAAACAAUGCUUACAGAGAUGAUGAAAGCACUCCCGCAUCACAAAGAUGAAUUGAAAGAGACGUUAGGCGAUCUAGACAGUACAUUUGAGUUCUUCUCUCGCCACCACAGCCGCCGGAAUAUAGUAUUUGAUACGACGACGUUAUUGAAUGACUCGUAUGACGACUAUGCAUCUGGAUUGAUGCUUGAUGUGAGCAGGAGGGUCGCUAAAGGACGUCGAGAAGCGAUGGCAAUCGGCGGGCGAUCUGAUAAUCUUCUGAAAAAGCUGUCCCACACUACAAGAACACUUCCGUUCAUGGUUAACCUGCGCAUUAAUGUAGAUGUCUUGGCUAGUUGUGUGAUGGAUUCCAGUAAUAAGAAGCCCAAUUCGAAAAUGUCGCCUGGACAGAAAAACCACAUGCCUCGUCGGUGUGAUGUUUAUGUUGGAAGUUUUGGUAAUACAUACCAGGGCAUGAUGAGCGAGAGGAUGGAUGUAGCUGCGCUAUUAUGGGAUGCUGGUAUUUCAGCUGACGUGAUGUACGACGGAUCGCAUACAUAUCAAAGUCCUGAUAUGUUGAUGGAAAGGUGCAGAGGCGAGGGAAUCACCUAUCUCGUGCUGCUCAAGGCGAACAGUACAGUAUUGAAGGUGCGCAAUACGCUGUCUAAAAAAUCAGAGGAGGAAGUCGAUCGACAUGAUAUCGUUGAUUUUCUAUCGAGGAAGCUGCGCCAAUCACAGGACGAAAUAUCGAGGACACAUGACAAAGAUACACCUGGUGUUGAUAUUCAUCUUGCCAUGCCAAGUGAGAUAGCGUGGUCAUUUAAAAAGGACGACAAUAAGAACAAGAUUAACAAGCGGAAUCGGGCCCUAAUGAGUGACAGAGCUGAGAGUGCAUUACAAGAAUUUGAAAAUGCUAGUAAGGCGAUGCUGGCUGUCGAUGUACCAGCAGUUGUCUUUGAUAGAAUGGCAAUGAACAGCGACUGGAUACGCGAUGACGACAAGUUUAAACAGGUUCUAGGUGCUGGCUCACCCCACAUAUCCUCUUACCUUCAUCUGAUAAGAGAGCGGGUGCGCGACCAGAAAACCCAAACGUCGGCUUGGCUGAUAUUCAAUAUAAAAGACAACAGGAUAGCUUUGAUUUGA